AUGUCCCACCCCGCGGAGCGGCGCUCAUCCCGCCCCCCGGCCCCCCUGGCUGCGGCAGCGAGGGAAAAGCGCCGCUCCGGCUGCCGCCCGCUCCACUCCCAUGGCCAGGGCGGCGGAGGUGGAGGCGGCGGCCGCUCCCCUGCUCCUCCUCCUCCUCCUCCCCCCUCGGCUGCCUGCAGCUCCCUCUCUCUCCUCCUAACAACCAGCAGCAGCAGCGGGAGCCGCGCUGCAGGGACAGCCUCCUUCGCCGGCAUCGUCGCCGGAGCGGCAGCCGCUUCUCUCUUUGCUCCAAUCCCCUCCUUUUCUUCCGCUUCUCCAUCUUCUUUUUACUUCUUGCCGCCGCCUCCUCGUUUCCCCUCCUCGUCUUCCUUUAACCUCACGAGUCUCCRAGGGAGGGAGGGAGGAGGAGAGGCAGCGAGAGCGGCAGGAGGAGGAGGAGGAAGAGAUGUUGGCGGAGCAGCAGCAGCAGCAGCUCACUUGAUCGCCCAUCCAGGCGGCAGCGGCAGGAGGAGACUCUUCUGUUCUUCCUCCAUCCAAGGCUCGCUGCUYCGCUGCGCAGCCGGCGGCCCCCGGCAGCACCAGCCUCGGCUCCUCCUUCCCCCGGCCGCCUCUCGCCCGUGGUCCUGCAAUUCCCUCGGUGCUGCAGCAGCAGCAGCGGCAGCCCGCGGCGACGGGAUCCGAGGAGGCGACGGAGCCGGCAGGAGCAGGACUCCUAGGCGGCAGCAGCGGCAGAGAGGCGCUUUCUUCUCCUCCUCGCCUCCCCUGCUCCCAGGGCCAGACAUGGAAGAUGGAUCUAAUUCUGCCAGCUGCUUUAGGAGGUUUACGGACUGUUUCUUGAGCACAAGUUUAACCGAUGAGAAAGUGAAGGCCUAUCUUUCUCUCCACCCCCAGGUACUGGAUGAAUUUGUAUCAGAAAGUGUAAGUGCAGAAACUGUGGAAAAAUGGCUAAAAAGGAAAAAUAACAGACAGGAAGAUGAAUCGACUCCUAAAGAAGUCAGCAGGUAUCAGGACACGAAUAUGCAAGGCGUAGUGUAUGAACUGAACAGCUACAUAGAGCAACGCCUGGAUACAGGAGGAGAUAACCAGCUACUUUUGUAUGAACUGAGCAGCAUCAUUAAAAUAGCUACAAAAGCUGAUGGAUUUGCACUAUAUUUCCUGGGAGAAUGCAAUAAUAGUCUGUGUGUAUUCACACCACCGGGAGCUAAAGAAGGACAACCACGGCUCAUUCCUGCAGGGCCCAUUGCGCUUGGCACUACAGUAUCUGCUUAUGUAGCCAAAUCCAGAAAAACUUUGUUAGUAGAAGAUAUUCUGGGGGACGAACGAUUUCCCAAAGGUACUGGACUGGAAUCAGGGACUCGUAUCCAAUCUGUUCUUUGUUUGCCAAUUGUCACUGCAAUUGGUGAUCUGAUUGGUAUCUUGGAGCUUUAUCGUCACUGGGGCAAAGAAGCCUUCCAUCUUAGUCACCAAGAGGUUGCAACUGCAAAUCUUGCAUGGGCUUCAGUAGCAAUACAUCAAGUACAAGUGUGCAGAGGCCUUGCCAAGCAGACUGAACUGAAUGACUUCUUGCUUGAUGUAUCGAAAACUUAUUUUGAUAAUAUAGUUGCAAUAGAUUCUCUACUUGAACAUAUAAUGAUAUAUGCAAAAAACCUGGUGAAUGCAGACAGGUGUGCACUCUUCCAGGUAGACCACAAGAAUAAGGAGCUGUAUUCAGACCUUUUUGAUAUAGGAGAAGAAAACGAUGGAAAACCUGUCUUCAAGAAGACCAAAGAAAUAAGAUUCUCUAUAGAAAAAGGAAUAGCUGGUCAAGUGGCAAGAACAGGUGAAGUCCUUAACAUCCCUGAUGCCUAUGCAGAUCCACGCUUUAACAGAGAAGUAGACCUCUAUACAGGCUACACCACCAGAAAUAUCCUGUGCAUGCCUAUUGUAAGCCGAGGAAGCGUUAUAGGUGUUGUGCAGAUGGUGAACAAAAUAAGUGGAAGUGCCUUCUCUAAAACUGAUGAGAACAACUUUAAAAUGUUUGCAGUCUUUUGUGCUUUAGCCUUACACUGUGCUAAUAUGUACCACAGAAUUCGCCAUUCAGAGUGUAUUUACCGUGUAACGAUGGAGAAGCUCUCCUAUCACAGUGUUUGUACAGCAGAAGAAUGGCAAAAUCUCAUGCACUGCACACUGCCUCCACAUAUCUGUAAAGAGAUUGAACUAUACCACUUUGACAUCAGUCCCUAUGAGGACGUCUGGCCUGCCAUUUUUGUCUACAUGGUCCACCAGUCCUGUGGGACAGCCUGCUUUGAACUUGAAAAGUUAUGCCGAUUUACUAUGUCUGUAAAGAAGAACUAUCGCCGUGUGCCCUACCACAACUGGAAGCAUGCAGUCACAGUUGCACAUUGCAUGUAUGCCAUACUUCAGAACAACCAGGGUCUUUUCACUGAUCUGGAGCGGAAAGGUCUUUUAGUUGCAUGCUUGUGUCAUGACCUGGAUCACCGAGGUUACAGUAACAGCUAUCUUCAGAAAUUUGACCACCCUUUAGCUGCUCUCUAUUCCACAUCAACRAUGGAACAGCACCACUUCUCUCAGACUGUGUCCAUCCUGCAGCUGGAAGGGCACAAUGUCUUCUCCAAUCUGAGCUCCAGUGAAUACGAGCAAGUCCUUGAGAUCAUCCGGAAAGCCAUCAUUGCCACAGACCUUGCCCUGUAUUUUGGAAACAGAAAACAGCUUGAAGAGCUGCAUCAGACAGGAGCAUUAAACCUUAAGAACCAAGCACAUAGGGAUCGAGUUAUUGGUCUGAUGAUGACUGCUUGUGAUUUGUGUUCUGUAACAAAGUUGUGGCCAGUUACCAGGCUGACAGCCAACGAUAUAUAUGCUGAGUUCUGGGCCGAGGGUGAUGAAAUGAAGAAAACAGGUAUUCAGCCUAUUCCUAUGAUGGACAGAGACAAGAAGGAUGAAGUCCCUCAGGGUCAGAUUGGAUUCUACAAUGCUGUAGCCAUUCCAUGUUACACCACACUUGCACAGAUCUUUCCCCCAACUGGGCCACUACUUCGAGCAUGCAGGGACAAUCUCAACCAAUGGGAGAAAGUGACAAGAGGAGAGGAGGCUUCUAUAUGGAUUCCCUCGCAGUCCCUUGCUCCCGGGACCUCUGAUUCGCUUCCYGUGAAGAUUGAUGACUGAACGGCAGCAAGAGAUUGCUUUAACCCUAAAAACAUCCUUUGGGGGUAGUUUCUUUUUGUUCCGUUUUGUUUUUAUUUGAAGAAGGAAAAGGAAGAGCUACCAAUGCGAACUAGGAAGGUAGCGCCCGCGGGGUUACCUCAGC